UUACUGCGUGUUGAUGUCAGUCGAAGACUUGGCUCUGGACUAGAAGAUGCGGAUGCUAUAAAACGUCAUCCAUUUUUCCGCAACACUAGCUGGGAGCAAGUGUAUGCUCGCCAAGUUGAGCCGCCUUUUAAGCCAACUCUUAUUUCUGACACUGAUGUUUCUCUCUUUGAUACAAAGUUUACAUCUGAGAGUCCCGUCGAAAGUCCUGAUGAUGGCGUACCAAUUUCGGCAGCAGAUUCGGAUGUAUUUGAGGGAUUCACUUAUGUCGAUCCGCAAGUUCAUAUCGCCAUGGCACGUGACUUGUUCGCCAGUGAUAGGCCACGCCGAAGAUCAGGGGCAUCUAUCAGCAGGUCGGGUUAUCUAAGUUUUUUGCGGCAUUUAUUAGUGCCUUGCUAA